CCAUGACAGGGUACGCAAAAAUAGGCUUGCUUAUGGGAGAGCACCCCGAGGUUGCUAUAUUACGUCGUUAUUCUGCUCUUAGUGCAUUGAACCUACUUUACUUGCAGGCUGAAUUAAGAGAUCUUGAGCUUGACUUGCAAAAAUACGCAAAAGCCGAUGAUGCUUCCGACCACCCGGAUAGGAAAGUCUACUCGCUUGAUUGGUUGGCGUUAAAGGAGUCUUGCGAAGAUCAUGUAGAAAAAGGGAAUGAUGGGCAUCGAUGGGAGACGAUGCUAGCAAUCAGGGAUAAGUUGGAAGAAUACGAAAAUGCCCUUCCUCGACACACAAAGCUCAAUAAGCUGUCGGCACCGAAAAAGCAGGACUUGGGGUUUCUAAACGAGUGGAUGGAGCGCGCAGGAAUGGGCAACGUGCGUCUCUACGGCUCGGACAAUCGAACUUGGUCAAGUGAUGAGUGGCGAGCGGAUCUCGUCUCCCUGAACCCAUGGGCCGAUGAAAGUCCUUUGUUUUCGUGGAUAUCCGAUAGUCUGACCCAUUGGUAUCAUAGAAAUCUUGGCUACCGAACAAAAGUAAGUAAAAAUUAUAGCUGA